ACACUGGUUGGUUCGUUGUCGUUGGUUCUUUCUUUCUCUGUUCUUCUUUUCCCUCUUCGUUCUGCAACCACACAAACCAAACCCACCAUCACACUCUUCCUCUUCCACCACUACCGGGUCAAUGACCCAAGCCCGAAAACCCACCAACCCAAAAAACCAAACCCGAGAAAGCCAAAACCCUUCUUCUUCUUCGUCUUUCUCCAAUAGCGGCAUGAAACUCAUCGUUCCCCUUCAAGGUGUCGUUCAAGGCCGUGGUGGCCUCCUUCUCGGUACCCUGGUCCCCUGUGCUCUCUUUUACUUCCUUCAACUCUACCUUAAACGACGUCGGUCCAAUUUACCCUCUUCCACCGAACCCAACCUUCCUCGUACCUCUUCCCGCACUAAUUUGUCGACCCGUGGAUCCAUUUCCCGGGUUCAGGUCUCGAGGCUCGCAACCCAGAUUGCAAAACCCGAGGAUUCUCCCUAUUACGUUGGGUUGGAUAGGGUUUCGGAGGAUUUGUAUGAUGCAGUGAAUAACCCAGAUGGGAUAUUGCAAUUGGGUUUGUCGGAUAACAAGCUGUGCUUGGAUUUGAUUGGGGAAUGGGUGGAAAGGAACUUGAAGGGAUCGGUGAUGAUGGGGAGUGGUGGCGUUGCUUUGGGUAUUAAUGGGAUUGCGCCUUAUCAGCCCUUUGAUGGGUUGGAGGAAUUGAAAAUGGUUUUGUCAGAUUUUAUGUGUCAGGUGAUGGGAGGAUCAGUAAAAUUUGACCCAUCUAAUAUGGUACUAACGGCUGGAGCAACUCCUGCAAUUGAGAUACUAUCCUUCUGCUUGGCAGACCAUGGAAAUGCAUUCCUUGUCCCUACUCCUUAUUAUCCAGGCUUUGACAGGGAUGUGAGAUGGCGUCCGGGGGUACAAUUAAUACCUGUUCACUGUCGCAGGACUGACAAUUUCAAUCUAACUAUCACUGCUCUACAACAAGCAUAUAAUCAAGCAAGAAAACGAGGUGCCAAAGUUCGUGGAAUUUUGAUUUCCAAUCCUUCAAAUCCUGUUGGGAAUGUUCUGACGCCAGGCACACUUAACAGUCUUCUAGACUUUGCUGAGGAGAAAAACAUUCAUAUCAUUGCUGAUGAAGUAUUUGCAGGUUCCACAUAUGGAAGUGAGAAGUUUGUGAGCCUAGCUGAAAUUCUCGAUUCAGAUUGUAUAGACAAAAGUCGAGUGCAUAUAAUAUAUGGCCUGUCAAAAGACCUCUCGCUUGCUGGCUUUAGAGUUGGGGUUAUAUAUUCUUUCAACAACCGGGUUUUGGCUGCUGCAAAGAAGUUGAGUAGAUUUUCCUCUAUAUCUGCUCCGACCCAGAGGUUAGUUAGUUCAAUGCUUUCAGAUAAAAAAUUUAUUCAGGACUACUUUGAAGCCAACCGGAGAAGAUUAAGAAAAGUGCAUGAUGAAUUCGUGAUUUGUUUAAGUAAACUAGGAAUUGAGUGUGCCAAAAGCAGUGCUGGUAUGUACUGUUGGGCUGAUAUGAGUGGAUUUAUCCAACCUUAUAGUGAGAAAGGAGAACUUGAUUUAUGGGAGAAGUUUUUGUGUAUUGCUAAGAUCAAUAUAACUCCAGGAUCAGCCUGCCAUUGCAUAGAGCCAGGAUGGUUUCGAAUCUGUUUUACCACUAUAACAUUUGAGGAGAUACCUCGUGUUAUUGAACGGAUUAGGCUAGUUGUUGAAAGUUGUAAAUCUUCUAGUUGAAGUUCCAUUAUUUUUAUUGACAUAUAUGGUUAAUGCCUGAUGUUGCAGUCAGAAGUUGCUGUUUAGAAAUUUUUGGAAAAGAAUGUAUACAUCCCUAGUUAUCAAGUUCUGCUGUCUUGCGGAAUCCAGGAUUUUAUUGCAUUGCAGGAGAAAAUUUUUCUUACAAUGCAAAGUCUCAACAGAGUAAACUCAGUUUCCAAUUUAAAAUGAAUUUUGG